CAAACUUUCCCCGCUGAGGCCAGCAGAGAGACAGGAGAGUCAACGAACCACAUGUUGUUCUCUCGGAGCGUUGUCUUCUCUCCUUCUCCAUAACUACUGCUGGAUCUGCUCUGGUCUCAUCGCUCCAUGGGACUCCAGAGCUGGCCACCAAUCAAACAAGAACUGUCCUCCAUGGCUUGCCUGGAUGUGGAGAGUCCCUCCAUUUGCAGGGGGAAAUUCAAAUCAGUCCUUCAGCACUGUCUGCAGCAGAGGAGAACUCGGGAGCAGCUAGUGGAGCAAGGCAUCAUGCCGCCUCUGAAAAGCCCAGUUGGCUUCCACAAACAGAUUCACAGCCUACAGCGAGCCAGGACUGGGACUUUUCUAAAGCAUAAACUAAGCAGCAGACCGGAUCGUUCCGAAUUGGUCCGUAUGCACAUCCUAGAAGAAACGCAGGCGGAGCCCUCCCUGCAGGCAACGCAGUUGAGACUGAAGAGGGCCAGACUGGCCAAUGACCUCAAUGAGAAAAUCGCCCAGCGACCUGGACCCAUGGAGCUGGUGGAGAAAAAGAUCCUGCCUGUCGACUCUGGAGUUGAAGAAGUCAUAAACAAUUGUGAGGCGGAUUACUCAAACACAGCACAUGUUCCAGAUGUUUACAGCUUUGAUGAGGACAGCAGCGAUGCUUUAUCACCACAGCAGGCCAACAGUCAACUAUCUCCUUCCCAAACUUUACCCUCCCCACGGAAGUCAAGGGAAACAGAGGUCUCUUAUGCUUCCUCAGACGUCAGCCCUCCUCCACAGCUCUCUCCACCAGGCUGCUCUCAGUCAGCAUCGGAUGUCUCCACGUCAGAGAAACUGAGCAGCCUGGAAGCUUACCAGCCUAACACCACUGUCGUUCAAGGCAUUUCGCCAGGCCACGUUCAUGUGAAACAAACUUUAGCAAAGCUAGCCACGGACAAAAGCCGCAAUAAAAAGAACAAAGAGCCCAAGCCACGGGUGAAAAAACUCAAAUAUCAUCAGUAUAUCCCCCCUGACCAGAAGCAGGAGGUCAGUGACAUGCCAAUGGACUCCUCUUACGCCCGUCUCCUGCAGCAGCAGCAGCAGUUCCUCCAGCUCCAGAUCCUAACCCAGCAGCAGCAGAAGUACAACUGCCAGGCCGUUGUACCUGUCACUCUGAACAUAUCCACGGCUGAGAUGCCGACCAGCUGCUCGGCUCUUGUGCUCAGAGGAAGCUCGUCAUCGACACCUGUGCAGUUCCACCAUACCAGCACGAAAUCGGAUCAGUUACCAGCUAAUAUUGAUGAGAUGAAGGUUGCUGAGCUGAAAAUGGAGCUGAAACUCAGAUCACUGCCUGUUUCCGGGACUAAGACAGAUCUAAUAGAGAGACUGAAGCUGCAUUAUGAGACCACUAAGAGCCAGCGUAUUGCUGCCAUGGAGUCAGGAGCCUCUGCAGCAAACUCACAGGCUGAAAACAUUCAUUUGACACCGCCUGUCUCCCUCAUAGCUUCCAAAGUUUCCAAAUUGGGAAUUGAAGAUAGUAAUAUGAAAGACAUUCAUGCAAAGUCAGUUUCAGAGAGUUUGUCUAAUGUUGCCCUUUGCACAAGCCCCUUAAAAGGACCUCCAUAUGAAGAGGGCCCCACAGAUGCAACGUUCACUGAGAAGGACUCUGAAAAAGACAAACGACUGCAUGAGAAGGAACGUCAGAUAGAGGAGCUAAUGAGGAAGCUGGAGCAGGAGCAGAAGCUGGUUGAGGAGCUAAAGAUGCAACUGGAGGUGGAGAAAAGAAGCCUGCAGAGUGACUCUCCACCUCAUCCUAACCUACUGUUGCCGAUCCAGAUAAAAGAGGAAAACAGGAAUCUGUCAAACUGCUUGGUGUCCUGCAGCUCACCUGGUCUGCAUGUGCAGAUCAAACAGGAGGAAUCUUCAGAUCACAGCCACGUAACCAGCCCAGAUCAGUUUGCCAUUGGUCAGCGGACCAACACAAACGGUGAAAACCCGCAGCCUGCCCAGGUCCUCCUGCCCACAUCCUCUCCUGGCUCAGCAGUCACCAUCGAGCUCCCUGCCAAAGGCAUUAAAUUACACCCUACUGUUAAGAGCACAGUUCCAGGCCACAUCCCAGCCUCUGGACAUGAGCCACAGAAACCAGCAGAACUACAGCAAUGCCUCACUCAAACCCCGCAUCUGGCAAAGGUGAAAACAUGGGGAAUGGAUGUCAAGGGGCAAAAUGUACUUGGUGCAUUCCAGGUGUCUGGAUGUGAUAGUCCUACUUCUCAGCAAGUUCCCCCAGAAGCACUCAUAGGAAAGCAAACAACCUUCACAAACCAGGCAUCAAAGACUAAAGAUCCACCUCGCUAUGAGGACGCAGUAAAACAGACACGCAGCAUGUUAACAGCUGCUCAGGGUCCCACUGCAGCAAGCCAGGAGAUGGAUGACCUGUUUGAUGUGUUAAUUGAAAGUGGAGAGAUCUCCCCUCUCAUCAGACAGGAUCCUCCCAGCAUGGAAAAGCCUCUCCCUGUGACAGCUAGCGUUACCACCCUUCCCAUCAACACGGUUCUGACCCGUCCUCCACCUUUGGUGCAGGUGGCCCAGCUGCCUGGAGCGCCGCUCGGCUCAACAGGAAACAACCUGGAAACCCUUCUGGAGGAAACAGAGGCUCAAAGACUGAAGCUAAUGGAGGAGUUAAACUCACCUUUGGUUGAGAUGGAGAUGAACUUCAGUGAAAACCUGCCACCUUCUGGUGUGAACCUGCAAAGCACUUCUGUGGACAGCAUGGAUUGGCUCUAUCUCAACCUUUCUGUGCCUUCGGAGGGGAUUAACCCUUUGGACAUGUCAGUGCCUGACUUCCUGGACUCUCAUGAACUGAACUUGAACUGGGAUUGAAUAAUUUUAAAGGCAGUAUGUGGACUUAUCCUUUUUUUUUUAAAAAAAAAUACAAAGGUUAAUGAACUUUAAAAGCUAUAAAAUUUUUGUGGGGAAAAAAUUUUAAUGGUACCGACACUUAAAAGAUUUCCAUCUCAAGUCAUGCGGCUGAUUUUUCUAUAUUUUUCACAACUUCUCUUUGUUCUGAAGCCUCAGUAAAGAAUGUUGCAUUAAGAAUUGUCUCAGCGCACAUAGGAGUAAAGAAAAAUACACAAAUCCUGGUUACAGAUGGACAAGCAUUGCUUUUAGCUGCUGUGUUGUUUACUCCACCCUGUCUUGGAAUGAUUAUCACUAUCAAAACAGAUUGUAAACACAUAAGCCGCAUGAUCAUGGUUUCUAUGCAAGUCAAGAGGCAUAAAUCUGACAUUUAACCAAAGUAGUGAAAGUUUGAUCAGCUUGCAGAGAGCCAGAAACCCAGAACAACAUUAACGCAAGUGUUUAUUACAAAAUACUCUGCAAACAUCUCUUCAUCAAUCCUGUAAGUCAUUGUCAGAAUAAUGAGGUAGGCUUCUUCCAUUAAAGUAGGAGUGGAUUCCAGUAACAUCUGCUGGCAACAGUGUGUGCUAUUAUGAGCAGCAUUUGGUAGGUGUGGAUGUUCGUUUCUGUGGUAUUUUAAUUUGCUUUGUAUCGACUGUCAGACUUCUCUGGAAGAUAUCUGGAAUGUCUGACAAAGAACCCUUUGAUGCUAAAAAAAAUCUCACAUUUCUUUGUUUUAAGUCAGCUACUUAGUGCCAAAUCUGUCACCUUUAGAAGAAAGAGGAGGUUACAUGCUGGAAGGAGGAAUAAGAUUUCACAAGACCAAUGUAACUCAAUACCAAAAACAUUACAAUCAUUUUGUUUAUGUUGUAUGAUGUAUUUAUGUUGUUUUUUUAUAUUAAAAAAAUAUUACAUUUUC